AGCAACUUUGUCCUCGGUAACGCACAGGCCAACGGCUGGCCAAUCGUGUACUGCUCCGAUGGCUUCUGUGAGCUCACGGGCUUUUCCAGGGCCAACGUCAUGGCCAAGGGGUCGGGCUGCAGGUUCCUGUACGGGGCGGAAACAAGCGAGGCGGAGACCCACAAGAUACAGGAGGCUCUGGAGGAGAAGCGGGAGCUGAAGACAGAGUUGCGAUUUUACAGGAAAAAUGGUGGGUACUUGUCGUGUGUCAGUUAGGAUGUGUAGUUAGCGUCUAUUUCGGUUGGCUUGUGUUGCUGACUUGUCACGUGAAGUUAUGCUGUGAAGAUAUCAUGCUAUGAUGUGCCAGUUUAUGAUUUGCACCUAACUUGAAUUGUGUUCCUUUCUGUUAUGUGUGUUGUGGUCUGUGUGACCGUGAAUCCAACAGUUCCUGUAAAAUGUGUCAAUUGCUGGAGUGCUCACUUCACACGAUCAAAUUUUUCAUCAAAUCUCUUUAUGAACGCACUAUUUUGUUUUACUAUAUAGUGCGUUCAAAAAGAAAGUUGACGAAAAUUUGAUCAUGUGAACUGAGAAUUAGAGAUUAACGUGUGAACGAAUGGUGGCGCGAUGGUGCAUACAACGAUGGUGCGCCAAUUUAUUGCAUUUUGUUUUUGUAUUUUAUAACAAGGGGUGCAUAGAUAAACUCAGGACAUUCUUCAGAAACUUCAAGUUUAAAAUACUAUGUUAUUCAUCCAGCUCCAAGACCAUGACGUUGUAAACUAAUGAACGAUUCUAUCUCUGGCUCUAUUACGCCCCUCGAGGGUUAUCCAGUGCAAUUUUGUUUUUAACCCUGACGAAAGAAGGAAAAGCUUUGAUGGACAUUUAUUCUGAUAAUAAAACGUCCUGUGUUAAUUUCUUCAGUUUUUUUUUUCCCAGAGUUGAUGAUUGGAACGAAGUAAACACAAAAACUUUAAAGUGAUUUGGGUGAGGGCUUGACAUGGGCGUAUCCAUUUCCAAAAUCUCGAUUAAUUAUUUUUUAUUUUUUUGUUGUUGUUGUUGUUUUUCGUUGUUGAUGUCUUAAACCUGCCCUCUAUCCCUGCUUUACACACACUCCUGGGGACACGCCCGUGCUUCAUCCAGGCGUCGACCUGAAACAACAAAAUUCAUUGAUAGGUUUGACCUUUUCUGACGUCACGUUCUCGCCAUGGUCAAGGGAGGGGGGGGGGGCCUCCGAAAAAAAAAGUUGGGAAUGGGGGGGGGGGGGGGGAUAGAUUAGGUGACUUCAACAAUCAUGGUUUUUCUAUUAAAAUUUUAAUCUUAAAACUUGACUGGUUCCUACAUUAUUUUAAACAAUUUAAUGAGUUUAAAUGGUCAUAAAUGUUAAUGUUAUGUGCUUUUAACACUACGAGAGUUAUUUAAUGUGUGUCUGUCUGUGCACUGCUGAUGGCUGGUCAGAAUGUUAGCACACUUUGUUAGUGCAAGAAAAGUCAAAAGUUGGCAUCUCUUCACCUGUCAUGUUUCACUUAAUCCGCUCCCUAGAAUGAUUAACACAUCAUUUUANUUUUUUUUUUUUUUUUUUUUUGUUUUUUUUUUUUUUUUUUGGGGGGGGGGGUGCGUUGGCGUUAUAAGGAAAAUGGAAAAUUAACCUGUUGGCACUAGUAAUGGGAAAUUUCCAAGUAUAUCCCCCCCCCCCUCUUAAAUAUUCUGAACCAAGUCAUCAUACAUUAUGCUUGGUAUGUGUAGGUCUCUGCUUCAUACAUUCGAAGAUAAAAUUUUAAACAAUUGAAACGCAGCUGACGUGUACAAACGUCGCAUCUAACCUGCCGAACUCAGCUCUAUGUGACGACCAUUUGUAGAACCAGCAUCAAAUCUCCUACGUGAGCACUCACGGUCGGCAGCUAAAUAGUAUUGGAAAAUAAAUGCAUCGCCCAAGCGUGGCAACAACUAUCCUGCUCUAUAUAAAUGUAUCCGCCACUAUCAACCUUUAUUCUGUUCUAUCGACCAUUAUCAAGCACUAUCAACCCUUAUCCUGCACUAUCAACUUUUAUCCUACAAUAUCAACAUUUAUCCUGCACUAUCAACCUUUACCCUACACUAUCAACCUUAAACCAACACUAUCAACCUUUAUCCUCAACUAUCAACGUUUUCCCAACACUAUCAACCUUUAUCCAUUCAAUCUCUUAGCCUCAUGCACUGUACAACAAUGAAACAUUUUACAUCUCAAAUAAAAAAAUAACCUUUGUGGUUUUUUUUGUUUUUUUUUAAACUAUCGAUCUUUUCCUUCAACUGCAGUUCAAUAAGCAAUCAAUUAUUGCUUGAGGUAAGGGCGACACAUUAUUAAGGGGUUAGGCGCCCGAAAAUAUCUAAAAUUUUCAAAAAUUGUCCAUUUUUUUAUUUUUUCAUUUUUACGAAGAUAAACAUUCUUAGAAUCGAUUACAUAUCAAUUGAUACUACUUUUUAAAAGAUUUGUUGUGAAACAACUGAUAUUUAACACCCCUCCCCACUCUAAAAAUUGACCUAAUUUGGGAAAUAAAAUAAAAUUCAUACAUAUCCCAUGUUUGAGACCUCAAAAAACUAGUUUUAAAUAACAUAAUAUGCUAUUAUUAUAUAUCAACGUAAAGGUAAAUUCAAGCAGUUUUUUUUUAUUUUUAGAAUCGAAGUCAGUAAAUAUAAUUGCUACAAAUAAUCGGAUCCACAAGCGAAGUGUGUGUAGGAUUUUCUUCACUUCUAUUUAUAUAAUUAUUUUACCGAUUUUCAUUGGUCCGAACCGAGGGUAACCAAGAUACCGUUGACUCGCGCAUGCGCAAAUGCGUUGUUUAUGCGUGUUUACCGGAGCAUGGUUCUGUGUACAGAACGACAUUUUGCAAACGAAAGCAUCAGCAUAUUUUGAUUUUAAAAUACACGUUUACAACCUUACCCAUUCGGUAAAAGCCAGAAAAUCAAGGUAAGUAUACUAAAAAAAUGACCUUAAUUUAGCAACAUGCAAUCGGUGAUAGUUGAAAUUAUUCAGUUCGGACGUCAGUACUGUCACUGUGUUGCCUUGAUGAUUGAUCGUGCGUGUGGAUUGUUUGUGAUUUUAUGUUUAGCUUAUGCCUUAUGCGGAGAAUUACAUAAGUUUCUACUAUUAGUCUUUAUAUUUACCAAUCAAGUGAAUUGUUAAAUUAUAUGAAUCCUAAGCCUAUUUAUUUAUAGUUGUCUAACAAAACAACAUUGAUAAAUAAUCGAGUAGUUCAAAGUAAUAGUAAUAGCAUAGGCAUAGGCUAAGACAAGACUAAGGCUAAGGCUAGGACUAAAACAACAACGCAAUAUGCCGUAAUACUACUAUAAUUAUGGCAUGGUAUUAGCAUUAGCAGUAUGGGGAAAAUAAUUCGUAUUAGAAUCUUUUAACUCAAAUAGUUUAAUCUUAGCCUUAUUCAUUUUUUUUAUCUGCAUACAAUUAUUAAUAGUAAUAGCUAAUUAGUUUUAUAUUAUUCCUUAUUUAUAAGAUCAGUUCAAUUGACUAAUAAUAGUAAUUAUAAUAAAAUAAGUAUUUAGUUUAGCAAUCCUAAACAUCUAAAUAAUACUAAUAGGCUUAUUGAGAUCAUUUUCAAUAUAUUAUUUGCUAAAUAAUGUUUAUAUAAUUUUUUAAUUCCAUUCCAGCCCCCAAUUAGUUCUACCGAGCCGAGCAAAAGUUAAUUCUUCAGUGACAAGAAUUCUACAGAGGGACUGCUAAACAUUGAUUUCGAAAUGAUCAUAAUUCAAAGCUUUUACCAAUUUUCUUCUGUCUGCAGUGGAAUGGACGAAUUGCAGAAGCCAUAACUUACAGCUGAUUGCAAAACAAAAUAGUAAAUACUAUGAACAUAACAAUGACUAGAUUGUGAGUGGUUAGAUUGUUCAUAUCAACAACUGGAUAACCAAGUCAUUAUCAAUUAUAGACUCUAAGGCCUGAAGGACAAUGGCAUGGACUAUGAAAAGUUGCAAUCUAUGAUAUCUGCGAUAAACAAUCCAGCUGCACCGCAAAAUUUAUAACCUGCGCAAAGUAUAAAAACUGCGCUAUGCCGAAGACAUGAAACAUUUAUGAGCAAGUAUCUUCCCAAUUAUUACAUUUCUAAUAGACAAAUAACUCAUUCACCUCUGGUAUGAGGGACAUCUUUGAUGAAAGAAGUACACAGAAUAGGUACAAAAGUUUCAACAUAGCAUUGCUGCCAUGAAACUAUGCUUUAAUUUCAGUGAUGGUGACAGCAACAUAACCUUGUCAUCUAAGCAUGGUUAAAAGGAUCAUGGACAAAAGGGUUGAUUGGGGACUUUGGAUAACUUGUGUUAUAUUAUAAUGCUGAACAAAAAAUUCUAAUACAACACAAAUUAGCUUUAUUCCAGAGGAAAAAAAUUUUUUGUUUAAAAUUGUGAUUUUGACGAGAGCACCUGAUGAAGUUCAAGAAGUUAAAACCCAUGUUCCUGGUGCAUUCAACAGUUCAAUAAUAUAAGAAACCACCAUGUCCAUGUUGCUGAACAAAAAAAACUAUGUAAAAGAACUUCAUUUUCAUAUUAAACUUAAAAUUUUUCACUUUUAAAGUUUAAAAUUGAUUUUUCUCAAAAUUGUUUUUUUCUGUUGUUUUGUAACGUAGAAUUCUAAAAUCUCAGCUAAUAUACAAGCUAGAGUAAUAAAAUUUGGUGUGUAUCUUCCUUUAACUAUUUUGUGGGUAAUGAGCUAUUCAAAAAUCAAUUUGGUCAAUUACUUUUGUUUAAAUAAUUUUUUACAUAUCCUAGGAUGGUAAAUUUUAAGCGUUUUCUGCCGAGGCAAAUUUUAAAAAUUAAAUAAAAAAUGUUUUGAAAAGUUUUAAGGAAAUUAAACUAGCUCAGUACCUCUAAAUAUAAUUGAAGUUCAUGAAUCAAUCAAUUUUUAAGCAAUAUGUAUGUUUGUUUUUAAAAUUUUAGAACUCUACGAAUGGGUAUUAUUUUCAAGAUGGCCGCCGUUGCCAUGGCAACUAUAUAAUUUUUUUUUAUUUUCAAGCAUGAAAAUAUAUCUCCAUUCAUAGCUUAACAUGACCAUAAUAAAAUAAUUGCUCUAAGUUGGUUAAUUAAAAAAAAAAAUUUUUUGGUAGCCUGCCCCCUUAACAAAACGGUUCUUGUCUAGUUUGGUAAUACGUUUAAGAUUGCACACAUUUUUCUUAACAUUUAGCAGGAAAAAGGGGAGGGGGUUGGUGUCGAAACCAAUUGUCUGACAGCAUUUAAUAACAUCCUAUUGAAUCCUUCCGUAUUAUUAUUCAAUUAAUUUUCUAAGUUAUGGGAAGACGUCAAUAAUGAAGCUGAACACCAAAGGAAGAUGUUCACCUUGAGCGUGUGUGUGUGUACUCAAACUGUUCAUUUGUUCAGCUGCCAUGUAACGAAGGUAGUCUUGAUGGUGUUCAGCUGGUAUACAGUAGUUGCCAGUUGCUGCCUGUGGAAUAGUUAAGAAAUCAACUCCUAAUUACUUUUAGAGGUGUUUUUUUCUUUUUAUUUUAGGAGAACAAUUAUAAAUGCUAUGUUAACGUCACCGAAAGGGUAUCGACAGAACCAAACGUGUUUGGUGAAAAGAGACGCGUUAUCCUCUUGCGGUUUUCUGUUGCGGGUAAUGAUAGAUGGCCGCGUGAUCUCACCAACAUCUAAUAUGGUCGGACUUAUACAUUAUAACACGGCAGUAACCGUAUAGUACCAAUAUUGACCUGCGAUUUGAAUUCUUCUGACAACGUAUCAAUGCACCAUUUAUCAUUUGUACACCAUAGUAUAUGAUACGUGGCUCGCGAAAUCAGUGCCUUAAGUCUCUGAUGUUACUUCCAGAUAACUUUGGUCUCUGAUGUUACUUCCAGAUAACUUUGGUCUCUGAUGUUACUUCCAGAUAACUUUGGUCUCUGAUGUUACUUCCAGAUAACUUUGGUCUCUGAUGUUACUUCCAGAUAAUUUUGGUCUCUGAUGUUACUUCCAGAUAAUUUUGGUCUCUGAUGUUACUUCCAGAUAAUUUUGGUCUCUGAUGUUACUUCCAGAUAAUUUUGGUCUCUGAUGUUACUUCCAGAUAAUUUUGGUCUCUGAUGUUACUUCCAGAUAAUUUUGGUCUCUGAUGUUACUUCCAGAUAAUUUUGGUCUCUGAUGUUACUUCCAGAUAAUUUUGGUCUCUGAUGUUACUUCCAGAUAAUUUUGGUCUCUGAUGUUACUUCCAGAUAAUUUUGGUCUCUGAUGUUACUUCCAGAUAAUUUUGGUCUCUGAUGUUACUUCCAGAUAAUUUUGGUCUCUGAUGUUACUUCCAGAUAAUUUUGGUCUCUGAUGUUACUUCCAGAUAAUUUUGGUCUCUGAUGUUACUUCCAGAUAAUUUUGGUCUCUGAUGUUACUUCCAGAUAAUUUUGGUCUCUGAUGUUACUUCCAGAUAAUUUUGGUCUCUGAUGUUACUUCCAGAUAAUUUUGGUCUCUGAUGUUACUUCCAGAUAAUUUUGGUCUCUGAUGUUACUUCCAGAUAAUUUUGGUCUCUGAUGUUACUUCCAGAUAAUUUUGGUCUCUGAUGUUACUUCCAGAUAAUUUUGGUCUCUGAUGUUACUUCCAGAUAAUUUUGGUCUCUGAUGUUACUUCCAGAUAAUUUUGGUCUCUGAUGUUACUUCCAGAUAAUUUUGGUCUCUGAUGUUACUUCCAGAUAAUUUUGGUCUCUGAUGUUACUUCCAGAUAAUUUUGGUCUCUGAUGUUACUUCCAGAUAAUUUUGGUCUCUGAUGUUACUUCCAGAUAAUUUUGGUCUCUGAUGUUACUUCCAGAUAAUUUUGGUCUCUGAUGUUACUUCCAGAUAAUUUUGGUCUCUGAUGUUACUUCCAGAUAAUUUUGGUCUCUGAUGUUACUUCCAGAUAAUUUUGGUCUCUGAUGUUACUUCCAGAUAAUUUUGGUCUCUGAUGUUACUUCCAGAUAAUUUUGGUCUCUGAUGUUACUUCCAGAUAAUUUUGGUCUCUGAUGUUACUUCCAGAUAAUUUUGGUCUCUGAUGUUACUUCCAGAUAAUUUUGGUCUCUGAUGUUACUUCCAGAUAAUUUUGGUCUCUGAUGUUACUUCCAGAUAAUUUUGGUCUCUGAUGUUACUUCCAGAUAAUUUUGGUCUCUGAUGUUACUUCCAGAUAAUUUUGGUCUCUGAUGUUACUUCCAGAUAACUUUGGUCUCUGAUGUUACUUCCAGAUAAUUUUGGUCUCUGAUGUUACUUCCAGAUAAUUUUGGUCUCUGAUGUUACUUCCAGAUAAUUUUGGUCUCUGAUGUUACUUCCAGAUAAUUUUGGUCUAUGAUGUUACUUCCAGAUAAUUUUGGUCUCUGAUGUUACUUCCAGAUAAUUUUGGUCUAUGAUGUUACUUCCAGAUAAUUUUGGUCUCUGAUGUUACUUCCAGAUAAUUUUGGUCUCUGAUGUUACUUCCAGAUAAUUUUGGUCUCUGAUGUUACUUCCAGAUAACUUUGGUCUCUGAUGUUACUUCCAGAUAAUUUUGGUCUCUGAUGUUACUUCCAGAUAAUUUUGGUCUCUGAUGUUACUUCCAGAUAACUUUUGUCUCUGAUGUUACUUCCAGAUAAUUUUGGUCUCUGAUGUUACUUCCAGAUAAUUUUGUUCUCUGAUGUUACUUCCAGAUAAUUUUGGUCUCUGAUGUUACUUCCAGAUAAUUUUGGUCUCUGAUGUUACUUCCAGAUAACUUUGGUCUCUGAUGUUACUUCCAGAUAAUUUUGGUCUCUGAUGUUACUUCCAGAUAAUUUUGGUCUCUGAUGUUACUUCCAGAUAACUUUGGUCUCUGAUGUUACUUCCAGAUAAUUUUGGUCUCUGAUGUUACUUCCAGAUAAUUUUGGUCUCUGAUGUUACUUCCAGAUAACUUUUGUCUCUGAUGUUACUUCCAGAUAAUUUUGGUCUCUGAUGUUACUUCCAGAUAAUUUUGUUCUCUGAUGUUACUUCCAGAUAAUUUUGGUCUCUGAUGUUACUUCCAGAUAAUUUUGGUCUCUGAUGUUACUUCCACAGACCUUGGGCCCAUGAUAUUACUUCCUGAAACAUUGGGCCUAUGAUAUUUCCUACUGAGACAUUGGGCCCAUGAUAUUACUUCUGGAGAAAUUGGGCCUGUGAUAUUUCUUCCUGAGACAUUGGGCCCAUGAUAUUACUUCCUGAGGCACUAGGCCCAUGAUAUUACUUUCAGAAACCCUGGGCCUAUGAUAUUACUUUCAGAAACCAUGGGCCUAUGAUAUUACUUUCAGAAACCCUAGGCCCAUGAUAUUACUUUCAGAAACCCUGGGCCUAUGAUAUAACUUUCUAAAACAUUGGGCCCAUGAUAUUACGUUCAGAAACCCUGGGCCUAUGAUAUUACUUUAAGAAACCCUAGGCCUAGGAUAUUACUUUCAGAAACAUUGGGCCUAUGAUAUUACUUUCAGAAACAUAUUGGCCCAGUCAUUGGCCCAGAUAUUACUUUCACAGAACUUGGCCAUAUGAGAUUUUCUCUGAGAAAACACUCGAAAUAUUUAUAAGCUUCCAAAAAGGUAUAAUUCCUUUUUAACAUUUCUAUCCAACACAAAUUAAGUUUCAAUAACUUUAGCACCGGCUUGUGGACUUUUCCGAAACUUGGCAUUUACCAACUGUUGUCUCUACCCAAAUCUUUUAAUUCACCAAUUUUAUAAUAUCUCAAAUUUUGGCAUUCCUCAAGCGUUGUGUGUUGCUCAAAUUGUGUAAUUCCGCCCUGAUUGUAGCAUUCCCCAACUGUUGUCAUUCCCAAAUGUUUCUCAUUCCCCAACUGUUGUUAUAUGAAAGGUAUGAAAACACAGUGAGUAAUAAUCUCCUUUACAACAUUGUUCCCUUCAGGCUUUUUAUAAAUAUUUUAUGUGAACUAGGAAAAUUUGACAACUCUGGCCCUAUUAUUUUUUAAAAAAAACUGUUACAGAACCUUACCCCGCAACUUUAAAAAGAAAAUAAUAAUAAAAAUAAUAAUAGGAUUUUACAAGCGAUUUUUACGGAAAUUGACAUAAAAUGCGAUACUGAAUAUUCCCUGUGAGUCAAAUGCGAUUGAGAAAUUGUGUGUUAACAUUAGCCGCCAAUAUAAUAAGGUUAACAGGCUCCUAUAUUUGUGCUGUAAAUUUGAUGCGCUGCAUCGAUGUGCACGGAAUCUAGAAUGUCGUCCCUACCCUCCUCAUGUGACACACGGCGCUUCUUGUUUUACGUUUUUAAGCAACUUACCUAGACGAAUAUUGACGCCCCUCCUUCUGCUGUAAUCAUGUCGUCGUCGUCCCCCCUCCCCCCCGUCCCCCCACCCGAUUACAAUCCGCCCCUGAUAGUGAGUAGGCUGCAUAGAUAGAAUUAUCCAAUCCGCCCCUGAUAUUGAGUAGCCUGAGUAGAUAAAAUUCUCCAAUCCGCCCCUGAUAUUGAGUAAGCUGAGUAGAUAAAAUUCUCCAAUCCGCCCCUGAUAUUGAGUAGCCUGAGUAGAUAAAAUUCUCCAAUCCGCCCCUGAUAUUGAGUAGCCUGAGUAGAUAAAAUUCUCCAAUCCGCCCCUGAUAUUGAGUAAGCUGAGUAGAUAAAAUUCUCCAAUCCGCCCCUGAUAUUGAGUAGCCUGAGUAGAUAAAAUUCUCCAAUCCGCCCCUGAUAUUAAGUAGGCUGAGUAGAUAGAAUUCUCCAAUCCGCCCCUGAUAUUGAGUAAGCUGAGUAGAUAGAAUUCUCCAUUCCGCCCCUGAUAUUAAGUAGGCUAAGUAGAUAGAAUUCUCCAAUCCGCCCCUGAUAUUGAGUAGCCUUGAGUAGAUAGAAUUCUCCAAUCCGCCCCUGAUAUUGAGUAAGCUGAGUAGAUAGAAUUCUCCAAUCCGCCCCUGAUAUUGAGUGGGCUGCGUAGAUAGAAUGCUCCAUGAUUCCGCCGAGUUCGAGAAUGAUUUGGCGCUCGUGUUUCACUUUGGCCGCCGUACAAACGGAUGAAUUGAGCCCCUUGAUCUGAGCUGACAUGCGACCAUUAUCCCACCACUCGACCACUGGUCAUGGAAGGCGUAGCGUAUGAUAUUUGUACUUUAGCGGUUGACAUCACUGGUGCGGCCUUGAUUUCCCGAGAGGUGCACGCUUUUGUUCCAGCCCAUAAAACUGUUGCGUUUACACACUUGAGCCGGCGAUGAAUCUCAGUUGAGGAUCAUUUUAAUUUUAACGCAUCGGAGGGAACGGGGAAAUUGUAGAUGUAUAGAUGUAUAAUAGUCACUUGUGUGUAAUAGGUAUUUGUAGGCAUCCCAGUGGUGUUUAUAGAAUGAUGGAUUAUAAUGGCGCGUUUUGGAGUAUAUUACACUGUCUAAUGGUGUGUGUGUGUGUGAUUCUUUGUCCGAAAUAAGUGGUGGUCUAUUAUGGUGUAGUGUUAUUCUGUAGUACGCAGUGAUCCAUUAUGGUGUUGUGUCAUGCUUUUUGGUAUGUAGGGAUCCCUUAUGGCGUUGUGUAACUAUAUGAUAUGCUUGCAUGACCUGGCGCCGUCCUAUCUCAAAGCGCUCAUGACGCCUUAUGUACCCACUAGAUCAGUCCGUUCAUCCGAUAGUGGCAAACUCUGGAUACCGCGAGUCCAACUUGAGACCUACAGAAGGCACACUUUCGAUUUUGCUGGCCCAUGAAUCUGGAAUUCCCUUCCUGUCGCUCUCAGAAACAGCCAGACACUGCAGUCUCUCAAAACUAAGUUGAAAACACAUAUUUUUCGCACUCGCCGUCUGCGGUGAUGUAGUCUACCCAUUGUUUCCAGCUUGCUCAUAUUCCUCGAUGUAGAUUAUGUAUUGUUGCGUUUUGUAUUUUAUUUGUGGAAAUAUAAAUUGUCAUAUAUGUUUGACUUUGUACUGCGCUUCAAGCCUUAAUUAGGAAUGAAGCAUGUUUUUGAAAUGAACUUUAUUAUUAUUAUUAUUUAUGUACUGGUCCAUUAUGGUGUUGUGUGGUUCUGUGGUCGGCUGUGUGUGAUUGUGGUGCAUGCAUUUGUUUGUGAGUUCCCGUUUCCCUUAGAUUUCGGUCCUCACCAUCUCCGCCUUUAUUCUGAGUUAAUCGUGUUUUAUUUUAAAUUAUUUAGGAAACGCAAAGUCUGAUGACCUUAGAACGUGUCCACGCAUUGAUUAGUUCAGGAGACGUGGGCGUGUAUUGCUCUUUGGCCUCGCUCUCCAUACAACUGUCUGGAUCUCAAAGCGACAAGUUUCUGUAUCGAUGGCAAAGUAGCCUAUCUUCUAUCUAGAUUACAAAAGUAUAUGCAUGUAUUGACAAGUGUCCGUAUUAAAGACAUACAUAAGUACCUGGAGAAAAGAAACGUCCGUAUUAAAGACAUACAUAAGUACCUGGAGAAAAGAAAUGUCCGUAUUAAAGACAUACAUAAGUACCUGGAGAUACGAAAUGUCUUAGUUGGGACCCAAUGAAAUCAGUAAAUAUUCUCUAGGCAUGAUAGAAACCUUGUUAUGUUACAGAUUUGAACUUUGGUAUAGAUGUUAAUGUUAAAAUACAUAAUCAUAAUCGUUCAAUAUACGGAAUUCUGCGUAGAACUGAACUAUUUUUUUUAAAUAAUGUAAAAUGCAUGGUAAAAGGUUGUUGGGACUUCAGAAUUUCAAAGGCGUGCAACACAAUUGUGGUUGCGUAAGAAGGGGAGAAUGCAAUCCCGUGGAUGACUUUAUUGUUGUUUAUUUAAAACUGUUUGGGGGUUGGGGUGGGGGAGGAUUUGAUACGUUCAUUUUGACCUAAGUUUCACAAAAAUACGUCUACGAAUAGAGGAGUCGGUUGAUAAAUAAUUAACCUUUUUCGGUUAACACACAUCAAGGGGAAGGAAUAGGAUUUGUAUAUUUUAAUGUGAAUGAAAAUAUUUAAAUCUGAUGAAAAAUAGUUGUAACAUUGUAUUUUUACAAAUAAAUAUAUGGUAUACCAAUUAAGAAAUAUAGUUCAAGGGCUUUGACAAACUGUGGGUACAUUUCAAUAACACAUACCACAAAACAAACAAACAAAUAACCAAAAAGCAAACCAACGACAUUUCAAAACCCAAUCAUGUUUAAACACUUGAAAAUUUAUUCUUACAAGUAUAGCCAUAUGUUGUUUUUUUUUCCUUUACAGUUAAUGGGCUUGAACAAAGAGGGAGUUAAGAUUUCCUUUCAAAGUAUGAAAAUAUAUUUAUUUUUCCACUUUGUGAAAAGUAAAGUUCAUGGGAUAAUGGGUAUAAAGUUCUAUGCGAUCAAUAAUACUUCUGAAACAAAAUAAAAAAGCUCUCAUUGCUAUUGUAUACUUGAAAAUGGGUUAAGAGAUUCUACUUUGGAUAAAAGAAUUCUGCGUUUUAUGAUUAUCCGAUAAUAUAGUCGAGAAGCGAGGCGAACGUGUGUCUGAAUUUUUAAUGAAGAUACCAGUAUAUCGAAUUCCUUUAAUGUAAAAAAAAAAUGGUACUUCUUUUUAAAAUACGGAAUUCUGAUUUACUAUCUCCUAAAUAUACAUUUCAAGAACAUUGAAUAUUAUCGUUGUUACCUUGUUUUUUAAUCAUUCUAAAAAAAAACCCAUCAAAACCUGUUUCAGUUAGAUACGUUAAUAUUGGAUGUUUAGGUUUUGAGACCUCGUAAUAGCAGGUAGACUGCCUAUCAUGAUUGUCCCGGUAACAUGGCGUCCUAUCUUCUGGUUUCUAAAAAAUGAUACAAUAAUAUAACCAAUUAAAAAUGAUAGCGAGACUUUAUAAUCGGAAAAAUCAUCAUUAAAUUAACGCACAUUACCUACACCUUUGUUUUCCCCCAAUGAAGUGACGGUAAUAGCUUUAAAACAUCUAUAUUUAGUUUCCUGAUCCACACUUUCUUCCCACUAUCCCAGGGGACAUCCCGCCCUCGUCUGAGGACCGCUGCCUUUUUGCCCUGAUUAAACUCUGAUAUUCUGGUUUGAGACAUCAAAGAUAAAUCACAUUAUAACUCUCGUGGGCGGCGGCUACUUCGAAUUAUCAAAGUAGCUCCAUCAUCCUCAAAUAAGCCUCCUUUAUUGAUACCUAAUUGGUCUGUUUUCCCCUAGUCAAAGUAGUGGUGGUUAUGUUCCUUCUAAUAUUAGUCUUAUUAUUGCAUUUAUUAGAGGUAGUGUGUACUGCAUCUAUUUUAGGACUGGCGCACAACAAAGUUUCAUUUGCACAAUAAAAAUUACUCCUGAAUCAGUUACUUGCAUUCAUAAAUAGCCGUACGUUAGGACUUAAUCAUUUGCUUAGAACUUUGUGGAAUGUUCCUUCAUAGAUAAUUCAAUAUUUAAAGGAAAAACUAUUGAAACAAAAAAGAUUUUCUAAUUUCAAGAACAAUUGAAUCUCUUAACAUUUUAGUUAAAAAAACUUCGAAACCUAUGCUUAUAAAUUUAUGAGUGCACUCUGAAUUGUCCGGUGGCUAUGCAGGUUUUGUUCACUGGCUGUGCAGGUUUUGUACACUGGCUGCGCAGGCUCUGUACACUUUGUGUACACUGACUAUUCAGGAUUUUACAUGGCAGCUAUGGAGGUUGUUUACAAGCACACAAGAAUACAGCUAAAAGCAAGAGGUCUCAAACUCUGGGCAGGUUUCCUCCUGCUGCCCGUUAACUACAUUAAUAAGACCCAGUGUCUUGGGAUGACGUUAGUAUGUACGUCGUGUCGCAUUGGAUGGAAAAAUGAGCUUUGAUGUUAAGCUAGAGAACUCUAGUUAAGGGGAACAUGACCUGGGAAGUUGGGUUGGAGACCUUUGGUUUGGAGGAAUGUGAACUGGGAAGUUAAGACCAAUGGUUUAGAGCAGCGGUUCUCAACCUGUGGUUCGCGACCCCUUUGGUGGUCGAAUGAACCCUUUCUAGGGAUCGCCUAAGAUCAUCGGAAAAUACAUAUGAUCUACAGUUAUGAAGUAGUAACGAAAAUAAUUUUGUGGUUGGGGGUCGCCACAACAUGAGGAAUGGUAUUAAAGGGUCGCGGCAUUAGGAAGGUUGAGAACCACUGGUUUAGAGGAACAUGGCCUGUGAAUUUGAGUUCGAUACGCGUAUAUAGGAAGGGGAUGCGGAGGGAGCGUUUCUGCCCCGGGCCCGCACUUUCUUCUAUAUAUUAAGGAGCGGCAUUUUCAACCCACUAACUUGCUUUUUUCGUGGGAGGCUCGUCAAAAACAUUAACCCACCCGGAUGGGACUAUCCCUAGCUACGCCACUGGCUAGAGACCCCUGGUCUAUGGGGAACUUGAGAUGGAAAGAUCUGAUUUUUUAUUUUUUUGUUGCGGAAGAUCUCGCUUAUGAUGUAACAGGAAUGAUGUUACUCUUUUAGUUGAAAUACGCACGAGCAAUAGCAAUCAAUGUUUAUUGAGUAAGAGAUGGAGUUUAAAAAAAAACACUUUUUUAUGUAAAAAAAAAAAAUCUUUGAAGAGUUAAUCACUAAAUCUAUAGCCUUGCGUGAAGCCUAAAUUUUCUUGACAGGCUUGACAGGGUGAGGUUGUGGGACCUGCGCUCAUCAGGUUUCUAAUAUUGGGCUAGGUUGUGGGACCUGCGCUCAUCAGGUUUCUAAUAUUGGGCUAGGUGUGGGACCUGCGCUCAUCAGGUUUCUAAUAUUGGGUUAGGUUGUGGGACCUGCGCUCAUCAGGUUUCUAAUAUUGGGCUAGGUUGUGGGACCUGCGCUCAUCAGGUUUGUAAUGUUGGACUAGGUUGUGUGAAUUAAUGCGUUAUUUUUGGGUCACACAUACAUUUUUAACAUCAUAUUUCCGAGAUGAUUAUGUUUCAUCGGUAAUCAUUUGCCUCAACCCCGUAAGUUCCACCUCCGGGUUAAUUGUGACAUCCUCCGCUUUCGCAUGGGGUAAUAUAACAACAAGCCUGUCAACCCAUGCUUCGUGGGGCCUCGAUUCGGCGUCGCGGGGCUAUGGGCAAGAUUCGUCCUUAAGAACUAACUGCAAUUAUUCUCUGCUCUGUCGGAUUAGAGAUCGAAUCCAGCCAGAAACAACAGAUUAAGCCGUUGCUAUGCGUGACAACUGGAUUAAUUUAGCCGUUGUUUCACGUGUCAGUUGGAUCACGUACAAAUGAAUGGAAUCCAAUUUGGGUCCUUUGAGUUUGAUUUUUUAAAAUAAAUGUUACAUUUUGAAGUUAGGUAACAAGGCUGAUUGAAAGCUCACCCUGAGAAGGCAGACUUGCCCAAAAUAUCGAAGCGAAUGUAUCAAAUGGUCAGGUUGGACCAUAGCUUACAUGCCCAUCACUAGUAAUCUUUCUAAGCAAUUGUAAUCAUAUAAUUCUUUACAUCGUGGUACCAAACCAAAAAUCUCACCUACAGAUCUGCUUCUCGCCGUUCACGACAAGAAAACUGAAUCCCCACCAUCUCUGGUGGGAAUGAAGUUGACAUAGUCUCAGUAUUCCACACUUUUGCAGGAAUUGACAACAACCGUGGUCGCUGGUGGCUUACCACAAUUAGCGAUGUUGGUUGGUGAAUUGGUAGCAACUCCCCGAACCCUAGAGCCAUCCAAUAUUUUCAGACAUUGUUUAAAAUACUAUGUUCUUCUUCUUUUUCUAUAUCUUAAGGGCCCACGAUCAAUUUAUUGAUCAUUUUGGCUCCUAUGCAUGUAGAUGGGAUUUGCAAUGUUUCUGUUACUGAUGUUGAUGAGGAAAUCAUGCACUAGGGGUUUGAAGGCUUGAGGCAAUAGACACAAAUGUGUCUAGUGUUGUCGCCUCAAAACCGUUCCUUUGGAAAGAUGGUUCCAGUCCCAUGAAAAAAAAUAAUAAAUCGGACGUUGUUUUUUUUUGUUUUUCAUCGUAUACGAUUUGUCAUUUCUCAGACCGGGAAACUUCCUAGCGCACUACGUAAUGUUACUAUUUUUAGAAUGUCGGACAUGUCUGUUGAGAGAUUGCCCAAAGGGAGUACCAGGAUGUUUUAUUAAUAUCUUUAGUGAUUGGCCAGAUGGUAUGCCCGGAUGUUCUAUUAAUAGAUUUCCGCCAUUAUAUGACGAACCCUAUUCUCGUUGAGCCGGAACUUUAUUUUUAAGCCGUGCUUGUAAAGCCAGGAGCCUGACCCAGUGUUCCUUUACGUCACGGGAUUUGUUUUAUAGUUGUAUUUGUCUUUGAUCUUAUUACGAGUUCAAAAUCAACUUAGUCUAAAGUAGAAACGAAUAUGUUAGUUGCUUCAAAUGCUCUAAAGGAGACUUUAACUGGUGAUAGAAAGAUCCUAUAUUUAGUCAAGAUAACGUGGGUAGGCGAGGGGCGGGUUGCAUCUUGAUUUCGCGCCUACUUUUAAUAAAAUAAAGUCCUAUUGAGGAUUUUGCCCACAAACUAUGUUUUUUUUUUAACACAAGUGAGAAUUUCUUUGAAAGUGAUACUGCUUCGUAUGUAAUUUUUAAUGUGUGGUUUUUUUUUACAGUGCACACCAAUGAAUGGUAAUUAUAGUCUGAUAAAAGAGAAAAAUAAUAAUUGCCCAUGAUUCUAAGUCAAAUCAAAGUUCAUUAAAAUGUAGACUGAUCUUUAUCAAUGUUCAUUCGAAUGUAGACUGAUCUAUAUCAAUGUUCAUUAAAAUGUAGACUGAUCUAUAUCAAUGUUCAUUCGAAUGUAGACAGAUCUAUGUCAAUGUUCAUUCGAAUGUAGACUGAACUAUUUCAAUGUUCAUUUGCAUGUAGCCUGAACAAUGUCAAUGUUCAUUCGAAUGUAGACUGAACUGUCAAUGUUCAUUUGCAUGUAGACUGAACUAUGUCAAUGUUCUUUUUAAAUGUAGACUGAUCUAUCACAUGCAUUGCCCAAGUAAAUAAUUAACGAAUCUAAACCAUUUCACAAUUAUCCUGAAUUCUCUGAUUGUGACUCGAAAUCUGGGAUUAUAGUUUCUAAUCCGGGAUUAUAGCUCUAGAUGCUACUGGUGUUGCCAUUACUACACUAUUUGUUCACUUCAUACCAGCAAUCCUGGGGUUGUGUUGCCAAUCCUAAGACUGAGCUGUUUGCUCACUUCCGACCAAGAAUCCUAAGGUUUUGGUAGAAACACUAAAAUGUUUGUUGACUUCAAGCCAACAGUACUGGUGUUUACAACGUAAUUGUACCGCGAACUGAGCUUGACUGACGUUCCGCCACGGAGGCGGGAGACGGGGGGGGGGGAGAGACACGAUUAAUUGGUCAAUCAUUGGUGUUUUCGUUGAGACCUUGAAGAAAUGUCCUCAUUCUCCAAUUGUGUUGAUAAGUCCUAGUAGAAAGAUCCCAAUUCCUUAUCUGUGUUGGGUCCUCAAACAUUGCAGCUGUAGCGUUCACCUGGGCCACAACCCCUUUAAAUGACAGCCACCCCCUCUCUCCCCCAGAUUAUUGCCACACCCUUCCAUGAAGAAACCGCAGUUGGCCGAAAAUGCCACCCCUCCAUGUAAAGCAAAAGGCGCCGCCUGGGUUGGACCACCCCCCUUCCUACGCCACUUCACCACCCCUCUCAAUCCUUCCAAGAAAAAAUAAAUAGACACAUAACCUAAAAAAAACUCUGUAGUAUUCUAUUUCAGAUAUAUAUUGAAAGAAAUCUACCCAACCCACCGAAAAUAUAAUAGAGAGAAGAAUACUUUCAUGACAUUGGUUGAAAACUCCGUCUGUGUCGCCCAUCUCCCUUGACCGCAGCACUUUCCACACUUGAGCAAUUAGCGCAAUCACAAGAUCCUUUAAAAAAGAACAGAACAUUUUUUUUUUUUAAUUUUAUAAUCGGAAUGUCUUUAAACACUGAAUAUCAGCAAACGUAUUGACAAAAAAACUUUCACGACCGGAGACACUAUAAAGAUUGAAAACAAAUAGAUGAAUUACGUCACUUAUACAUUUUAUGGUAGGUUGUGCCUAUUUUAUGGAAAAAAAAAUAAUUUAUAUUAACUUCGCUUUGUGGCUGGCAAAAUAUUCGGACGACUAUUUGACCCAUUUCCCGUCCCUCUAUCGAGCUGAAACUUGACCAAUAAACUCGUUGCCGAUGACAACACGUUCGAUCAAAUUUUCAGCCGCACUCCCCAACACCAAACCCCCCAAAAUAAGUUGUUUUUUCCAAGAGGAAAAUAAAUGAAAUAUGAUGCCACUGAUUUCACGAAAUGAAACUCCCGAUAACGGCGCUAAAUGAGUUUGUGUUUGUUUUUUUUGUUUUUUAAAUCAUCGCAAGUGAGUUUGGUGCGUAAAAAAGGAAUUCUUAUAAAGUGCGUAACUUUAAUGCUUUUUUUUUCAGCCCCCCCCCCCCCGACACAUUGUUCAAUAUCAUAUUGUAUGUAGGAUUUAUAAGAAAAAUUUUGUUAUUGGGGGUUGUUUAACUCAAUGGAAAUUCGUGAAGCUCUAAAAAACAACAACUUAUAACUCCUACUCAAGAUGAUUCACUUCAGUUUCAGUGUCUCUUUAAACAAUGAUCCUUGCCCUGUGAGUUCGGAAAGCGGUACAAAAAAUUAUCGUCUUUUACAGACCGAGGUUUUAAUCAAUCGGGAAUUUUCCAUUAACAAGGCCUCGGCGGGAAUUUAAGAAAAUCUAAUCAGGCUCGUCAAACCUCGGCGAGGUCCCAGUUUCAGAUCAAGUUUCGUUUUAAUAUGGUUUUGUGUUUUAUAAAAUCGUGUCUUCUUUACGCUCACCAGUUAACUGAUGAUGGGACCUAUUUGAGACCUUGGUAUGAAUGCAACAAAAACAAAAAAAAAAGACCGAUGCCUCUCUCUGCCUCGCAUUUAAACCCUCGUUAGGUUCUCAUUAGUGGAUCUCGUUUCUUCUCUAUUUCAUUACACCCGCCUUUACCACAGUGGUGCAACAAUCAAUUAUCGCUUUUGGGGAAAAUCUCCUCCCACGACCGUCUGGGCCAGGGGUUUGCAACCUUUUUGUGCAGAGGGCCGCGUGGAAUAUCUUAUGUUUUGUUAAGCGGGCUGCAUGGGUUGCAGUUGCUUUUCGAUGGCCACACGAUUUUUUUUAUUUUUAAUUAUGAUUUUUUUUUUUAUUAUAUAAUUCAUUGAAGACUGACUGCGAAAAUUCGCCUGAAUUCAGAUCGAAAAUAAGCAGCAGAGUCUUUGUAAAAACAAUUGAAUGUUAUUAUUUUAUUACAGUUUUCAUGUUUCACAAAGUGAUAAUUAAUUUUUAAAGGCUUUUAAAGUAAACCAUACACAAUUUGUGCAUUUACGAAAACGUUUAAACUAAACCAAUUCCCGGUAGGAACUAAACAUUUAAGCGGGACGCAUGUGGUCCACCGGCCGAAGGUUGCCAAUUUCUGGUCCAGUGUCGGAUACAGCAAAGCGGCAUCACCUUCCAACAGACCAGGAGUGUAGAAGGUUUUAUUUUAUUUUUUUUAAAAGAAAACUCCUAUAGGUCGCGUGCAAGUUCAAAGGUUAGACCUACCAUCACCCGCACACACUUGCAAUCAACACGUGCUGCAAACAUCUAUCCCCAAUCUGUCCACCUCGGAUAGACCUACCAUCAUUCUCGUGCAUUUAAAACUUGCUGCGACCGUCUAUCACCUCACCGCCCAUCGACACCACUCGCCCUCUCUACUCCGACACCUCUCGUGUCUGCCUGACCCAAACAGAAAUGCGAUAAUUUCAACACCAACCCGGUCCCAUCCAAUCGUGUCCCAUCGUAUCUAAAAAUAUUGGCGCCAUAUUCCGCGUAUGGUAUUUAUGCAUCGGCCGGGACAUCAGCUCCCAGGGGACGAGGCUUGGAUUUACCGCCCUUACGCCAUUAUCUCCCCUGGACGCCAUGGAUGGCUUAGUUCGGGGAAAAUCCGUUUGCCAAACUUUGCGCUCUUGGUGGAAAAAUCGUUGGGAUUUUUUUAAAAAAAAAGUGGGUAGGGAUGUUUAUUUUGCGCAAUUUGAGCGUUUCGCAAUGUUUCCAUGAUUGCACCUUCCGGCUGAUGUUGCUAAAUAUUAGACAAGCUCCCCAUGUGGAUAUCACACGUUCUGUGAUUAUUUGAUCGCGUCCCAAAGACGGUCUACGCAUUUCUGAGGACUCUGCGUCAUUAGGUCAUAUAAAAAAAAAAAACUAACACAGGAGAGAUUCCGAUACAUAAUGUAUGAUGUGAUCGGUGUUAGCUAAUUGUUAUAGAGAACGUGCACUGAAACUGUGUCCGCUGCUUGGACCUAACCUAUCACUACUACCGUGUUAUGCAAGCCUUCUGGUGCUAGGGAUUAACAGUGGAAUGUUCUCGAGUGGACCUUCCGUUGCUCGUACCCUGCAAUCGUUAAAGUCCUUCAGGCCUGGUUAUCGAUGCAAUACUCCACAGUUUGAGAUCUGCUGCACUUUCCCCAGUAAUCCCAAAUGUCAGGGGAGGGCGCCUCCCUAGAUCCGGGGGGCAAGAACGGAGAUCACUUGACGUCUACUAUAAGGCAGGCCAGGUUUAAGUUGUCGAUAGCAGGACUCCACGUGACUAAGGCCCGUAAUCCAUUCAGGGUCUUGUCCACCCCUUGUCCAUCUCUGUCCGCGUUGUGACUGUGUGGGUAAUAGCAUAGGAUAGGAAGAUUCGGACUCAAAAUAAUCCGUUGUUUUUUUGUUGUUGAUGUUUUUUUUUUGAGUGCGUGACUGUUUGUUGAGUCGAUGAGUUUAGACAACUCACGUAUCUCUCCCUAGAACCCAGACAGGACGACGCUGAGAAUCUUCGAAACCCCUAAGUGCCGGACGUCAUAUCCCGGAGUCGGGAUGUCUUUCUACUCGGUGACCCAACCCGUAUUGGUGUCAGUACGUGUGACGCUCUGGGGUCGCGGCGAACCUGGUGUGGAUUAAAGGGUUACAUAUUUAUUGAAUUCACUUAAACAUUUUUACUUUUAAUCUACCAACUGGAAAAGGGGCAUUUAUUUUGAUAUGGUCAUAAGGUCAAGAGCCGAACAGGGGUCGAUUUUUUUGUUUAAAGCUAUGUUUCAUCUGCUUUAAACACUCAAUUACAGCUGAUGGAAGCUGCCCAGAGACCGCCGAGUUUUAAUGUGAUGGUAUGAUAUUCCGUACUGCACAUAUUUUAAUCUUCCGUUCAUCAAACACGCCUGGUUUUUUUUCCGCGCACAUUUCAGCACCGAGUGCACUUGUAAGCUGUCGUUAAAGUCUCGGGGUAAAUGAAUGAGAUUUCAGAGUUCAUUGCCCUGAACCCAUCCCCCCGUACGUUGGAAAUAAAAGUAUUCUUAAAAGAGGAAAAUGAAUAAAUGGAGGUUUUCCCAAUGUCCUGCCACAUGCAGCUCAGCAAUUGAGGGUCAAUGAUGCGUGGUUUGAGAGGGAGUGAGGGAACCAGACACAAACCAUUAGCCUAUCCACCCCCACCAAAAAAGAAAUUUAAAAAGUUGUUAUGGUAAGAAUAAAAAAUGUAAUAAAAUCCUGAAAUAUGUGUAGUGAAUUUAAAAUAUAUGUUCUGAGCACAAUUUUGUUUAAUGGAGUGCUAGGGGUUAUUGCCCCCCAGUGCAGCAGUGGCUAUUGUUAUGCUACGACGGUGGCUAUUGUUAUUGUACAACAUUGGCUUUUGUUCUGGUGCAGCACUACCUAUUGUUGUGGUACGACAGGGGUUAUUGUUCUGUUGCGGCAGUGGCAAUUUUUUCUUGCACAGCACUGGCUAUUGUUCUGGUACAGCAGUGGCUAUUGUUCUAGUACGGCAGUGGUUAUUGUUCUAGUACGGCAGUGCUUAUUGUUCUAGUACGGCAGUGGUUAUUGUUCUAUUGCUGAUACUGCCCACAGAUACUACUUACCAGCUAAGUGCUAUUUCUUAUUUUUAUUUUUAUACCGUUUUUUCUGUUGUUUUGUUCGCUGACGAAGGCUUUCUGCCGACACGUUCGCUGUUUUGUUGCGUUUAUUUUUUCAGGUUUAACCCUACUCUGUUUUACUCAUUUCAUUUCGGUUAUUGUUCUAAUACGGCAGUGUGUAUUGUCCUCGUGCGGCAAGGGUUAUUUUUCUGUUACUACAGUGACUAUUGUUCUGGUACAGCGACUGCUAUUGUUCUAGUACAUCACGGGUUGUUGUCCUAGUACAGCAGGGGUUAUUGUAAAAGUACAGACACGUAUAUUGACCUAGCACAGCAAGGGUUAUUGUAAAAGUGCAGAGAAGCUUAUUGUCCCGGUACGGCGAUGGCUGUACUGCAGGGGUUGUCGUCCUACGACAGCAAGAGUUAUCGCCAUCGUACAGCAGGAUGUGUAGUUAAAGCAUAGAGAAGCGUAUUGGCUCAGCACGUCAAGUGUUAUUGUCCUGGCAUCGCGGGACUAGUGUUCUGGUACAACAGAAACUCUCUCUCUCUCUCUCUCUCUCUCUCUCACAAACACUCACACACACUCUAACAUACUCUCACACACUCACUCACACACUCACACCCUCACUCACUCACACUCUGACACUCUGUUGAUGGACGUGCGUGAAAUCUCAGAAACCAUCAAAAGAAGUCUUAUUGUAGAAUGCGAGUUAAGUAAGGCAUGCUUAAUGUUCAUUGGCGCGUGUAGCGUGGGUGUCACAAAACAAUCUCAACGAAAUCUUCGGACUACCCAUCUAUUCGGCCACGAAAACAGGUUCUAGAUGUUGACCGUUGGGGGAAAGUGGGAUGAACGAGCACGUUAUGCGAAAGUCACCAGGGUUGGGGUAACUGUUAAUCACCCAGGUUAGGGUAACUAAAAGUCACCUAGGUUAGGGUAACUGAAAGUCGCUUAGGUUAGGGUAACUGAAAGUCACCAGGGUUGGGGUAACUGGAAGGCACCUAGGUUAGGGUAACUGAAAGUCACCAGGGUUGGGGUAACUGGAAGGCACCUAGGUUAGGGUAACUGAAAGUCACCAGGGUUGGGGUAACUGGAAGGAACCUAGGUUAGGGUAACUGAAAGUCACCAGGGUUGGGGUAACUGGAAGGCACCUAGGUUAUGGUAACUGAAAGUCACCAGGGUUGGGGUAACUGGAAGGCACAUAGGUUAGGGUAACUGAAAGUCACCAGGGUUGGGGUAACUGGAAGGCACCUAGGUUAGGGUAACUGAAAGUCACCAGGGUUGGGGUAACUGGAAGGCACCUAGGUUAGGGUAACUGAAAGUCACCUAGGUUAGGGUAACUAAAAGGCACCUAGGUUAGAGUAACUGAAAGUCGCCUAGGUUAGGGUAACUGAAAGUCACCAGGGUUGGGGUAACUGGAAGGCACCUAGGUUAGGGUAACUGAAAGUCACCAGGGUUGGGGUAACUGGAAGGCACCUAGGUUAGGGUAACUGAAAGUCACCAGGGUUGGGGUAACUGGAAGGCACCUAGUUUAUGGUAACUGAAAGUCACAUAGGUUACAGUAACUGAAAGUCACCUAGGUUAUGGUAACAAAGUCACCUAGGUUAUGGUAACUGAAAGUCACCUAGGUUAUGGUAACUGAAAGUCACCAGGGUUGGUGUAACUGGAAGGCACCUAGGUUAUGGUAACUGAAAGUCACCUAGGUUAUGGUAACUGAAAGUCACCUAGGUUAUGGUAACUGAAAGUCACCAGGGUUGGGGUAACUGGAAGGCACCUAGGUUAUGGUAACUGAAAGUCACCUAAGUUAAAAUAGCAAAGUCACCUAGGUUAUGGUAACUGAAAGUCACCUAGGUAAUGGUAACUGAAAGUCACCUAGGUUAAGGUAGCAAAGUCACCUAGGUUAAGGUAGCAAAGUCACCUAGGUUAUAGUAACUGAAAGUCACCCAGGUUAAGGUAGCAAAGUCACCUAUGUUAUGGUAACUGAAAGUCACCUAGGUUAAGGUAGCAAAUUCACCUAACUGAAAUUCCCCUACGUUAGUGUUACUGAAAGUCACUAGGGUUGUGGUAUUGGCCUGAAAGUCACCAGAAUGGGGUUUGCCUCAUGUCUUUCGCUAGUACACAUCGAUGCUUUGUUGAAGACCACCACGUUCACGUGUUCGUUUCCCUUGACCUUCAUGUAGCGUUGUCUUUAUCAUCGUCAGUUCCGCCUUGGCGUGACUUGGCGUGACGCUAAUGCAUUCUUAAAGCCGACUUUUGUUAGCUGUGGAGUAACGCCUCACUUGGCACGUCUUAUCUGGGUACCGAUGACAACUGCAUUUGAUCCCACGGAUAAGUUCACCGAAUUUCAUUUUAAAUGAACUGGCACUGAACUGGAACUGAACAGAAUUUAAUUAGAACGGAAAUUGGAGACAGGGGAAACAACCGGGGGAAUAGAAGCCUUAAAAUACGGUAUAGAUUUUCUACCUUGGCUCGUGGUUGAAAAAAAAAAUGGCGUUGUUUUGCUUUUGUUUUGUGUGUGAGUGGGGGGGGGGCGGAUUGUCUGCGAUCCAGUGUAAGUGAACUUGAGAGAAAUUGUUCUAUCACAUGAUGAAUUUUACUUGACAUUUGAUUUUAUUUUAGUUUAAUAUAAAAAUUAUGUGGGGAAAUGUAUUGCCAAACAAAGUACUUGUGUCUUGUAUCAAGUGCUGAGUGAAAACAAAACAAAAAUUUAGCACUUGGUAAAGUUUUCUUUAAAGCAAACCACUGUUUUCGCGUAAGGAAAAGGUGUUCGAGAAUUACUGUCAAUUUCAACAGCUUAAAAGUCCCGACAGAACUCUCAUCUGAAAAAGCUGUUACACUUUGCUCAAUUGCAUAUCAAAUUUGAAGAAAAAAAAAAAACAAUUGCAUUCUGUCGACUUUCUUCUUCAUCUUCCUUUGCUUCAAAGAUGCCCCCAAAAAACGCCUACUAUAAAUAAUGCUAACGUGUGUUAUUUUGUUUGUUUGCUCCAGGAACUCCGUUCUGGUGCCUGCUGGACAUUGUGCCCAUCAAGAAUGAGAAGCGGGAUGUCGUGUUGUUCCUGGUUUCACACAAAGACAUCACAAAGGAGAAGGAUAAAAGUAAGCACGCUGUCUCUGCAUGUCUUUGUUCAUUAGAGUGUUGUGUUCAUCUCUGCAUGUCUUUGUUCAUUAGAGUGUUGUGUUCAUCUCUGCAUUUCUUUGAUCAUUGGAGUGUUGUGUUCAUCUCUGCAUGUCUUUGUUCAUUAGAGUGUUGUGUUCAUCUCUGCAUUUCUUUGGUUCAUUAGAGUGUUUUGUUCAUCUCUGCAUUUCUUUGAUCAUUGGAGUGUUGUGUUCAUCUCUGUAUUUCUUUGUUCAUUAGAGUGUUGUGUUCAUCUCUGCAUUUCUUUGUGCAUUUGAGUGUUUUGUUCAUCUCUGCAUUUCUUUGUUCAUUAGAGUGUUGUGUUCAUCUCUGCAUUUCUUUGUUCAUUAGAUUGUUUUUGUUCAUCUCUGCAUUUCUUUGUUCAUUAGAUUGUUUUUGUUCAUCUCUGCAUUUCUUUGUUCAUUAGAUUGUUUUUGUUCAUCUCUGCAUUUCUUUGUUCAUUAGAUUGUUUUUGUUCAUUUCUGCAUUUCUUUGUUCAUUAGAGUGUUUUGUUCAUUUCUGCAUUUCUUUGUUCAUUAAAUUGUUUUUGUUCAUCUCUGCAUUUCUUUGUUCAUUAGAUUGUUUUUGUUCAUUUCUGCAUUUCUUUGUUCAUUAGAGUGUUUUGUUUAUCUCUGCAUUUCUUUGUUCAUUAGAGUGUUGUGUUCAUCUCUGCAUUUCUUUGUUCAUUAGAUUGUUUUUUUUCAUCUCUGCAUUUCUUUGUUCAUUAGAUUGUUUUUGUUCAUUUCUGCAUUUCUUUGUUCAUUAGAGUGUUGUGUUCAUCUCUGCAUUUCUUUGUUCAUUAGAUUGUUUUUGUUCAUCUCUGCAUUUCUUUGUUCAUUAGAUUGUUUUUGUUCAUCUCUGCAUUUCUUUGUUCAUUAGAGUGUUGUGUUCAUCUCUGCAUUUCUUUGUUGAUUAGAGUGUUGUGUUCAUUUCUCAGCUCGAACGAGUGACUGCAAAUCGUUGUGCCCCUUUUUUUCCUCUUAUAAAAAAAUAAACUACCUGGUUUCUAUUUUCCCUCUACUAAGACAGCACCGUGUUAAAACUCUAUGGCUCAUGUAAAUCUUCCUAUCUUGUAUAAACCCCUAUGGCUCAUGUAAAUCUUUAUAUCUUGUAUAAACCCCUAUUGCUCAUGUAAAUCUUCCUAUUUUGUAUAAACCCCUAUGGCUCAUGUAAAUCUUCCUAUUUUGUAUAAACCCCUAUGGCUCAUGUAAAUCUUCCUAUUUUGUAUAAACCCCUAUGGCUCAUGUAAAUCUUUCUAUCUUGUAUAAACCCCUAUGGCUCAUGUAAAUCUUCCUAUUUUGUAUAAACACCUAUGGCUCAAGUAAAUCUUCCUAUCUUGUAUAAACCCCUAUGGCUCGUGUAAAUCUUCCUAUUUUGUAUAAACCCCUAUGGCUCAUGUGAAUCUUCAUAUUUUGUAUAAACCCCUAUGGCUCAUGUAAAUCUUCCUAUCUUGUAUAAACCCCUAUGGCUCAUGUAAAUUUUCCUAUCUUGUAUAAACCCCUAUGGCUCAUGUAAAUCUUCCUAUCUUGUAUAAACCCCUAUUGCUCAUGUAAAUCUUCCUAUUUUGUAUAAACCCCUAUGGCUCAUGUAAAUCUUUAUAUCUUGUAUAAACCCCUAUGGCUCAUGUAAAUCUUCCUAUUUUGUAUAAACCCCUAUGGCUCAUGUAAAUCUUCCUAUUUUGUAUAAACCCCUAUGGCUCAUGUAAAUCUUCCUAUUUUGUAUAAACCCCUAUGGCUCAUGUAAAUCUUUCUAUCUUGUAUAAACCCCUAUGGCUCAUGUAAAUCUUCCUAUUUUGUAUAAACCCCUAUGGCUCAUGUAAAUCUUCCUAUUUUGUAUAAACCCCUAUGGCUCAUGUAAAUCUUCCUAUUUUGUAUAAACCCCUAUGGCUCAUGUAAAUCUUCCUAUUUUGUAUAAACCCCUAUGGCUCAUGUAAAUCUUCCUAUUUUGUAUAAACCCCUAUGGCUCAUGUAAAUCUUCCUAUUUUGUAUAAACCCCUAUGGCUCAUGUAAAUCUUCCUAUCUUGUAUAAACCCCUAUGGCUCAUGUAAAUCUUCCUAUUUUGUAUAAACCCCUAUGGCUCAUGUAAAUCUUCCUAUUUUGUAUAAACCCCUAGGGCUCAUGUAAAUCUUCCUAUUUUGUAUAAACCCCUAUGGCUCGUGUAAAUCUUCCUAUUUUGUAUAAACCACCAUGGCUCAUGUAAAUCUUCCUAUUUUGUAUAAACCCCUUUGGCUCAUGUAAAUCUUCCUAUCUUGUAUAAACCCCUAUGGCUCGUGUAAAUCUUCCUAUUUUGUAUAAACCCCUGUGGCUCAUGUAAAUCUUCAUAUGAUGUAUAAACCUCUAUGGUUCAUGUAAAUAUUCCUAUCAUUUGUAAACCUCUAUGGCUCAUUUAAAUUUCCCUGGCUUGUGUUAAUCUUCCUAGCUCGUGUACAUUUGUACCGUCCACGUCUUCCACCACCCUUCAUUCUCUAUAUACCGUAGAUUAAACGUUUGCUUUUUGCACACAAAAAAGCAGUGACUAGUCCUAUAUUUCUAUAUAUCUGACAGUGGUUAUGUGCGCUUGUCUGUGUGCCCGUGCGCGCGCGUGUGUCAUUGUUAGUUCAUAUUAUCAUACAUUUCAUACAUAUUAUCAUAAGUAUACAUUUUAGGUAAAUAAGGACAAUAAGAUAUUAUGAUGAAUAGUUGAACUCCGAAACCUCACCAAGAAAUUGUGAUUAACUUUACAAUUCAAUUUACUAAAGACUUAUACUAAUUAUUUUAUUUUUUUUAAAUAAUAAUUAUACCAGGAGAGAUGCAUUGCUUUUAAAACUUCUCAUCUUUAAACUUUACCUGUGAUUAAGCAUUAUUGUAAACACGGCACUCUUCUUAAUCUCACUAUUACGACUGGUCAGAUUAAGACAAACGAAUGCAAACACCAAUCUUUACCUUCUUUCAAAACAACAGAAUGAUCUAUUCAAAAAGUUAUACCGUUGUUAGAUAAGCGAACCUUGCCCAAUAGUUAUUCAACCUUGCCUCAUAUUUAUUCAACCUUGCCUCAUAGUUAUUCAAGCUUGACUCAUAGUUAUUCAACCUCGCCCCAUAGUUAAUCAACCUCGCCUCAUAGUUAAUCAACCUUGCCCCAUGGUUAUUCAACCUUGCCCCAAAGUUAUUCAAGCUUGACUCAUAGUUAUUCAACCUCGCCCCAUAGUUAAUCAACCUCGCGCCAUAGUUAAUUAACCUCGCCCCAUAGUUAAUUAACCUCGCCCCAUAGUUAAUUAACCUCGCCCCAUAGUUAAUUAACCUCGCGCCAUAGUUAAUUAACCUCGCCCCAUAGUUAAUUAACCUCGCCCCAUAGUUAAUUAACCUCGCGCCAUAGUUAUUCAACCUCGCCCUAUAGUUAAUCAACCUCGCCCCAUAGUUAAUUAACCUUGCCCCAUAGUUAUUCAACCUCGUCCCAUAGGUAUUCAACCUUGCCACUACUUGGCUGCCUUCUUGCUGUCUUCUCUCUCCUUGUAAGCCCCCUCCAGUGGAGAGGGGCAGAGUGAUAAGGUAGCAGGUAGCUCUAAUGAUCUGAUGUAGCAAGAUGCACCUGAGGAGUGGAUGAUAAAUUGUCUUUGAGCCUUAACAAGCGGACAAGUGGGAGAAGACGGAGUGAACAAGUUAAUUAACUCCCUUUUGUGUGAUCAAUUUCCCAACUUGAAAAUAGGAACAGCGUAUUUGUAUUGUCAGUUAUCUCCCAUGUUAUUUCUCCUAUUUCAGUUAUGUCCAUUGUGUUUAUAUUGUGUUAAUUGUGUCCCAAGUCCGUGCUAUAUUUGUCUAUGUCAAGGCCAGUGCUGUCCACGUGUAUUUACAUAAGGAAAGUGGAACUAAAACAUUGCAAGCGUUAUGGGGGAAAUGUAUUUAGAUUUUACCAAUUAAAGAAGCUGUAAGAUAUAUUUUUUUAAUGGUCUUGCAUAAACUUACGCAGCAUUAAUUGAACAGAUUGUGAAACCAACACCUUUAGGCUGGUAUUUGUCGUAGCCAGUUAAAACGAUUUAUGAAUGAUAUUAUAGCUGACUUUAAAUAAAUAAUUAUUUAUUUAUUUUUUUAGCUCUAAUGCACUUUUGGAAAGACUAUUUUUAUGAAACCUAAAGCAUUAUAUUUUUUUCAAUUAAUUUCCCAUUUUAAUUUUUGUUUAAUUUUUUUUUUUUUUCUUCUUCUUUUUUUUUUUUUUUUUUGUUUGUUUUAACAAAAAAAAAGCUCGAAACUUCCUAAGCUUUUCCCUUUUUAUUUUUUUAAAUUAAUUUUCCAUUUUAAUUUUUUUUUAAUUUUUUUUUUUUUCUUCUUCUUUUUUUUUGUUUUUUUGUUGGUAUCAACAAAAAAAAAGCUCGAAACUUCCUAAGCUUUUCCCAAUUUAUUGCCAAUAUAGCCUCGGUAAAAUGAGAGGUUUCACUGAUGGAGUUAUGUGCUCUUAUUGCGUGUACAAUCCAAUCAACUCUUACUUUCACGUUGGAUGUCAUUGGCUUGAUGAUUCGAGUCCAAAAAAAAAACCAACCACUAUAGUCUACCUAUAAGCUUUUAAUCACUUUUUAAAAUGUUUUUUUAAACUAAAUUCAUAUUUACCAAAAUUCCAUACAACACAAAAUAACAUUUACGGAAGCCAUGAUUAAGCAAGGGGCAGAUUGUUGUUCAGAUGUUGUUUUCACUAAAUUCCCAUAUACCUAGUUUCCAUAUAACACAAUAGAGCACAUCUACGGAGGCCAUUAUUAAGCAAGGGGUGUGUUGUUCUCUGUUGUUGUUCUUCUCACGGUUUUAUGUUGUUUCACCAGCUGCCAACCCGGACUCACCCAGCAAGAAGAGUCACACCAGCAACAGCGAUGGGUCAUCAGAUGAGGAGACUGACGCCGACGAGGCGAUGCCCGAGAACUACGACUACGGCCGGCGGAGGAGCAGGGCGGUGCUGUACCACAUCAGCGGGCAGCUCAACAAGAACAACAGGGCGAAGAGCAAACUGCAGCAGCUUAACAUGGUGGGUCGGGCGCUGGGGGUGGUGGGUCAACGGCAAGGUGUGGUGCGUCGACGGCAAGGUGUGGUGGGUCAAUGGCAAGGUGUGGUGGGUCGAUAAGUUAACAGGUUGGUCGGCGGCGAGGUAUGGUGGGUCAGCAGGUUAAACAGGUGGGUCAACAGCUAUGGAGGAUGGGUCAAUAGCUAGAUAUGGUGGGUCAGCAGGUUGAACAGGUGGGUCAACAGCUAGGUGUGGUGGGUCAACAGGUUAAAAAAGUUAAUUGGAUAAAUAAGUGGGUCAACAGCUAGAGAUGGUGGGUCAGUGCUAGCAAGAGGUUGGACAGCAGCUAGAGAUUGUGGGUCAGUCCUAGCCAGAAGUUGGUCAACAGCCAGGUAUAAUGGAUGCACUGGUUAAUUUGGUUAAUAGGUGGGUCAACAGCUAAAUAUGGUGGGUCAUUGGCUAGAGAUUGUGGGUCAAUGGCUAGAUAUAUUGGGUCAAUGGUUAGAUAUGUUGGGUCAAUGGCUAGAUAUGUUGGGUCAAUGGCUAGAAAUGGUGGGUCAGUGGUUAGUCAGGGUGGGUCAGUGGUAAGUCAGGGUGGGUCAGUGGCUAGAUAUGGUGGGUCAAUGUGGCCAAAUAUGGUGGGUCAAUGGCUAGAUAUUGUGGGUCAAUGGCUAGAUAUGUUGGGUCAAUGGCUAGAUAUGUUUGGUCAAUGGUUAGAUAUGUUGGGUCAAUGGCUAGAUAUGGUGGGUCAGUGGCUAGAUAUAUUGGGUCAAUGGCUAGAUAUGUUGAGUCAAUGGCUAGAUAUGGUGGGUCAGUGACUAGAUAUGUUGGGUCAAUGUGGCCAAAUAUGGUGGGUCAAUGGCUAGAUAUAUUGGGUCAAUGGCUAGAUAUGUUGGGUCAAUGGCUAGAUAUGUUGUGUCAAUGGCUAGAAAUGGUGGGUCAGUGGCUAGAAAUGGUGGUUCAGUGGCUAGAAAUGGUGGGUCAGUGGUAAGUCAGGGUGGGUCAAUGUGGCCAAAUAUGGUGGGUCAAUGGCUAGAUAUUGUGGGUCAAUGGCUAGAUAUGUUGGGUCAAUGGCUGGAUAUGUUGGGUCAAUGGCUAGAUAUGUUGGGUCAAUGGCUAGAUAUGGUGGGUCAAUGGCUAGAUAUAUUGGGUCAAUGGCUAGAUAUGGCGUCAAUGGCUAGAUAUGGUGGGUCAGUGGCUAAAUAAGUUGGGUCAAUGUGGCUAAAUAUGGUGGGUCAGUGGUAAGUCAGGGUGGAUCAGUGGCUAGAUAUGGUGGGUCAAUGUGGCCAAAUAUGGUGGGUCAAUGGCUAGAUAUUGUGGGUCAAUGGCUAGAAAUGGUGGGUCAGUGGCUAGAAAUGGUGGGUCAGUGGCUAGAAAUGGUGGGUCAGCGGUAAGUCAGGGUGGGUCAAUGUGGCCAAAUAUGGUGGGUCAAUGGCUAGAUAUUGUGGGUCAAUGGCUAGAUAUGUUGGGUCAAUGGCUGGAUAUGUUGGGUCAAUGGCUAGAUAUGGUGGGCCAAUGGCUAGAUAUAUUGGGUCAAUGGCUAGAUAUGUUGGGUCAAUGGCUAGAUAUGGUGGGUCAAUGGCUAGAUAUAUUGGGUCAAUGGCUAGAUAUGGCGUCAAUGGCUAGAUAUGGUGGGUCAGUGGCUAAAUAAGUUGGGUCAAUGUGGCUAAAUAUGGUGGGUCAGUGGUAAGUCAGGGUGGGUCAGUGGCUAGAUAUGGUGGGUCAAUGUGCCCAAAUAUGGUGGGUCAAGGGCUAGAUAUUGUGAGUCAAUGGCUAGAUAUGUUGUGUAAAUGGCUAGAUAUGUUAGGUCAAUUGCUAGAUAUGUUGGGUCAAUGGCUAGAUAUGUUGGGUCAAUGGCUAGAUAAGUUGGGUCAAUGGCUAAAUAUGGUGGUUAAUGGCUUGAUAUGGUGGAUCAAUGGCUUGAUAUGGUGUUUCAUUGACCAGGUAUGGUGGGUCAACAGCUAAAAGUAGAACUCUAUGCCCAAAUACUUUGGGUAUUUAAAGACACUAUUAGAAUUAUGACCAAAAGUGUCAACCCCUGUAACCUUUUAUAUCAUAUUUGGUGUGGAAUGCAAUUUUUUUUUAAAUAGUUUUAUUUCCAUCUUUCUUUUUAAUUUUUUUUUUUAUACUCUUUUAUACUUUAAAAAAAAAAGAAAUAGUCAUAAUUUUGUUUGAAUCUUACAUUUUUUAAUUUUACUCUCGCAGCUCGCAUCUCAGAUGCCCGAAUAUAAAGUACAGGAUGUGAAAAAGUCCAGAUUAAUCAUUGUUCAUUACGGCAUUUUCAAGAUUAGUUGGGAUUGGUUGAUUCUCCUGUGUACAUUCUACGUUGCCAUCAUGGUACCUUUCAAUGCAGCUUUCAGGAAGGAAGGGAGAAUCAAGGACUUCAUAUACAUCGACGUAGUGGUGGAGCUACUCUUUGCCAUAGGUGGGUGUACGAAAAUGGAAGGAUGAUGUAUAGGUGCUAUUACUAGGCUACUGAAGUUGGUCAAAGACUUGUAGCAACAACUUAUUUAAGUUCCUAAACAUAAGUGCCCUGGAGAUGGUAUAGCCACCAUGACACAAUUUAUUAUUGAAAAUUAAAUCCUAGUUUCCUCAUGCACUGCAUGUCCCCCAAGGGUUUACACAUUUUCAAUAACUCAUUUGUGAAUUAGAAAAUUACCUUAAUAAGUUCAAAAAAAUCCGGUAGUUAAGCUCCAAAUGUCUCAUCCCAAUACUUGUACUGCCCCUCAGUCUCAUCGCAAUAUUUGUACUGCCCCUCAGUCUAGUCCCAAUUUUUGUACUGCCCCUCAGUCUCAUCCCAAUAUUUGUACUGCCCCUCAGUCUAAUCCCAAUAUUUGUACUGCCCCUCAGUCUUAUCCCAAUAUUUGUACUGCCCCUCAGUCUAAUCCCAAUUUUUGUAGUUCAAAAACCCAUGCCGAUGAUUUUAGCUAUGCAGCCGUGAGACAGCUGCUCCAAGGCGACCGUUUUGUCCCAGCUUUCGCCCCAACCAAAAGACUCCCUGGGCAGUGGAGAUUAGUAAGGCCACACCAUUUCCCGGAGGGAAAGCAAAACCGCCAAAACCCUCGGGAGAGUCGGCUGCGAAUGCUUUAAACGCAGCGAUUUGGGUCGACCUGGUGUCCCCUCAGGCCAAGGGUGAGGUUCCCGGCGUGCCCCUGCACAGUCCGUCAUAGGGGAGACCUGGCGUCUGGCCCGUGUGGAGGUGUGCCGGGGGGGGGGGAUGAUGAGCUCAUGCUCGAAGGCCCACGGACGCCAUUUCCCAAUGUGACGUACGGCCCCUCAGUCUAAUCACAAUAUUUAAACUGAAAAAGUUUGACGCCAUUUACCAUUUUAAAAGUUUUUUAUUGUUUGGGUUAUUUAAUACACUGUAUGUAAGUUACUAAUCCCAUUGAAGAUUACCUCAAAAACCUCAAUUCUGCACUGUUUACAGAUAUUUUCUUAAACUUCCGCACCACCUUCCUCAACAAGAGCGGUCAAGUCAUUUAUGACUCCCGUCUGAUUGCGGUUAACUACAUCCGAGGGUGGUUUGUCCUUGACCUCUUGGCUGCCAUACCAUUCGACCUCUUGUACGCAUUCAGCGUUGAGACGGUAAGAGAUGUGCGUGAAAUAUUACAUAAUUUCUUUUUAAAUAUAAGUGUUCAUUUCAACCCUUACCUUAACAUGUUUGUUGUCUGUGUUAAGACCUUGAUUAAAAUUCAACUUAUUUUGUGUGUGUAUGCCUUUAACCCUUCCAUAUGUGUUGUAUUUUGAGGCUUUAAGAUAGAAAUAUGAGUGUGACUGACUUAUGUGCAGUGUUGGUUAAGUGUAACUAAUAUUAACUGCAACAAAAGAGGACUUAAUCUGUGUAGAAAAAAAAUAUAAUUUCAUGUUGACACUACCAAAAAAAGUUAUAUAGGAAUCUGUAGAUUUGAACUAAUGAUAUCAGCUAUGAGAUGAAUUAACAAUUAUGUAGAUAUUAUCAUAAGUUAUAUAGGAUAUGUAGAUAGGAACCAAUGAUAUCAGCUAUGACAUUAAAUGACAGCUAUGUAGAUACUGUCUUAAGUUCAAUGAUUUGUGGGGGCCCAUUUUUUGCCAGUGGGUCCUCAGCAACUCAUAUAAACAAAAUAUACGAGACAAGACUACUUACAGACAAGACCACACAGUACAUGUAUUAAGACUUUUGAAUAAUUUGUAUUAAUUUUUUUUUUUUAUUUAAAGUAGCACAACUGUAUAUUAUCUCUUGCCAACAAUUAAUUUAAUGGUGUACAGUAAGUUUCAAAAAGCUUUAAACAGGGGUGGCAAGUGUGUAUUCUAAAAUUGCAAUGCUGUUUCAAAUGUUAUCUCUUGGCAUUAGCUCAAAGCAGACAUUUAACGAGAAUCACGUUAUUUGAAUAAGGGAUUGUAGAUCAUUUUAAAAACUAUGUGUAGCACUAGUUUCACUGGUGCUUUCCCUUUGGUAGUUAGACUCUGUUGUUGCUAUUGUCCAUUUGGGAUCUCCUUGAUUUUUGGUUUUUUGUUCAUUAAUAAUUAUAUUGUUGCUGAUAGUUUCUAAAAUACAUUGUUAAGGCUGAGUUCAUAAUGAAUAUAAUUUGUAGGCUAAAUAGAGGCACAAUAUUUGACUGAAAUUGCUUUCUAAAUUGGAAAAUAUCUUCCUUUUUUUUUUUUUUUCCAAACUAAAUAUUCAAUUUUAAAGUAGCAAUAUUCAAGUUUUAAUAACACUAGCUGGGCAUUACAAGUUUGGUUACUACAAGUUGAUAACUAAAAAUAUUUAAUCUUGAUUGGAUAGUAGAAUUUGAUAAGUAAAAUUAUUUAAUCUUGUUUGGAUAGUGGAAUUUGAUAAGUACAAACAUUAAAUCUUGUUUGGGUGGUAGAAUUUGAUAAAUAAAAAUAUUUAAUCUUGUUUGGAUAGUAGGAUUUGAUAAUUAAAAAUAUUUGAUACUGUUUGGUCAAUCAAAAUGAUGAAAUUAUUAGUCAUUUUUAGUUUAACAUUGCUUUAACAUGUUUUUACAUUUCAUUUGCUGUGAACAUUUUGUAAUUAGUGAACUUUUUUUCUUGUCAUUGUACACUUAUCUGGACAUGAUAUGACAAGACAAUCUAAGAAUACAUUUACAUGUAAUGACAACAUAACACUCCCAUAAUAAGUGUACGUUUACAUGUGGCUAAAUUAUAAUUUUUGUUUUUUUAGCUUAAUCAUGUUCAAAUUCUGACCAGCCUACACACUCAGAUGACAGUACAUAUAUCCCACCUACAUGUACACUCUGAUGAACAUGACAGUGCAUUUAUCCCACCUACAUGUACACUCUGAUGGACAUGACAGUAUAUAAUUCCAGUAUUGCUUUCUGUAUUUUAUUUGUGUUUUAAACAUUUUUUUUCAAAUAUCAAAUUUACUAUUAUUAGUUCAAAUUUAUAACUUAUAAAUCUAUAUAACUUGGCUAAUUCAUGUUAACAAAGCCAGUGAUACUAAAGUUUGACAUUUGACAGCCUUCUCCCCCAGUGUUUAGUGUACAAAAAUAAGCACCACCCGGUAAUGACCCUACCUUCAUUGUACUGUGUUAACCCUGUAUGACCAUUCUGUAUUAUCAAUCUUGCCUGGCUGUAGGAAGGGCGUCUCAGCAGUAUGGUAAAUCAGAUUGGCUAUUUCUUAUUUAUUUUUUUAUUUUAUUACAUUUUUUUUAUAUAUUUCUAGGGUUUUUAAUACAACACACAAAUUAGCCAAUGUACACAAUUUAUUUUAAUCCUUGUUUAAUAAAGAGCAUUUUUUUUAAAAUAAUCCUGUGCUUAAUUUCAUUUGUGUUUUAAAAAAAAUUGUUUUAACUUUUUUUUCUAUUUUUUUUUUCUUUAAAACCUGCGUUUGUUAGUUAAGACAAUUUUAUGUAACAGGCCCAAAAAUUGAGAGCCCCCGUAUGUAGCAUUUGGCACAGUAGAUUUUUCUUUCAACCUUCGUUUUAAAAAUGCAAGUCAAUAGAUGGGAAAUAUGUUGCGAGAGCAAAAACAUAGAAAAUUUACUUAAAUAUAUAUUUAAAAUAUGUCUUUAAAAAUUAAUGGAUAAUUUUACCCUGAAUUAUUUCUUAUAAUGCUCAGAAUUUCCAUUUUUGUGUAAUAAAUUUUACUGUUAAUGAAGUUAUUUAUAAUUUUGAAAAGUUUUGUCUAUUGUUUCAAUGUCUAGCAUUACCAUAGUUUUUACAACACAUUUUUUCUUUUUUUUUUUUUUUUUUUUUUUUUUUUUUUNCCUGUUGCAGAGCACAAGAUAAAGAACAGAGAGAGGUUUUGGGGGGGGGGGGGGUUCUUGCAUGUUUGAGAUCCAUUUCUCUACUGCAUGACAAAGUUGCAUGUUUUAUUAUUGCAUGAUAAUUUGUUCCCAUUGCAUGUGUAAGUUUUUUGUUUGUAUAGCAUGGUUCAAUGUCCCACUUCAUAUCCCAUUGCCUCUAGCAUGGCCCGCUACAGCAAUAUAUUGAUGUGUCUGCUCUGUAAUGUAUGCCUCCACCAGUACCACUACAGCAUGCUGAAAUGUUCAUGGUGCAUGGCAGAUCAAUCUUUUUGAUCAAGAGCAUUAGCCAAACCAUCCUGUGGUUUAUUGUUACAUUGCUAGAGGAUAGAGGUCAGUAACCCGCGACUCCGGAGCCGCAAUGGCACUUAGAAGAAAUUGAUGCAGCUCAGUUUUUUUUUCGUUGCUUAUUCUGCUUAUUCUGACAUACGACUCCAUUAAUAUUUUCUUGAUGGUUAUAUUUGAUAAAGAUGGGUCACUCAAAAAAAAAAAAAAAAAAAAAAAGGUCACCGACCAAUGCUAUAGGAGACUACUAAACGUUGUUGAAAAAUUUCAUUGUUAGUUUGCUAUCAGAUUAUAUCACUUUGUUUGAAUUGUUUUUUGCUUAAGGAUUAUAUUAAAUGACUACUAAACAAUGAAUGUGUAUGAAGAAUUGAAACACUUGUCUCACUCUUACUUUUUUUAAAUUUUUUUUAAAUUUUCCUCAAAACACAACUUUUUAAAGUCACCUAAUGUUCCCUUAAGAAAAAAGAAAUUUUGCAACUCAAAUCUAAAAGAACUGUGAUCUUUCUAACGGGCUAUCGGGGUCUGUAUGUAAAAUAUUAUUUAGUUACCAGGUGGGCCAGUCUGUAGCUGUACCAAUCAAAAACACUCUUGGUACACGUUGAAAAUAAACACACCAAACACCAGCAUCCUUGGAUUCAUGAAAAUAAAAAAGUUUUUAAAAAAAUUAGUUUUGCUGAAAUUUACUCCCACCCCCCUUUUCUUUUUCAAUAAUUUCUUAAUUUAAUUUUUUUUUUUUCUUGCUUUCUUUGAUACAAGAGUUGAUUGGUUUUUUUUUUUAAUUCUGGCAAAAAUAAUUCAUUUGAAAGUCAAUACAAAAAACAGUUCCAGAAAAAAUAUGUGUAAUUUUGUUCAGAUUAAUUCAAUUAUUUGAAAGGAAAAAUAGAACAGAUAUUAGCAUCAAAUAUUAUAAUAAUUUAAAUUCCCAGUCUUACUUGGACUCAUAUAAUGUGCUCAAACUAUUUAUUGAGUUUAGUUGGUGUAGAGGUUCAGAGAUUUGUCUCUUGAUUGGCACUGCCAAUGGCCCCUAUGUAAUCUUUACAACUUGUUUAAUAUUGAAGAAACGUAAUAUGUUAAAAUAAUGAUUUAUUUAUUAUUUUAAUAUAUGGGGCCAAAUCUGAACCCCAGGACUGUGUAGCAGCCUGGAACUAAACUGUGCAGCAGCCUACAAAUGGACUGUGUUGCAGCCUGGAAACAUUUGCUUUUGUCAGCGCAGAACAGAAUUUCCCAGCCAUUUUUGGGCCUGAGCACCUAAAGAGCUUUUACGUCCCUUAACUUAAAACGCACAAUAUGAGGGAUAUAUUUAUAUUGCAAUAAAUAACAAACAAUAUCGUGGUUAACUUUUUUGUAAAGUCUCCUUUCUAAUAUUGCAAAUCCCCUCUACAUGCAUAGGAGCCAAAAUGAUCAAUAAAUUGAUCGUGGGCCCUUAAUAUAUAGAAGAAGGAGAAGAACACAGAUCCCCCUCCCCACUUCUUUGAAGCGUAAAUAAAUUUCCCAUCUCGGAGACUUAUUGUUUCCCCCACCCCCCACCCCAUUUAUAUUCAACUACAAACUUUGGGAAACACUGUUGUAGUUCUAGUCAAGUAAAUUAAAGGACAUGUCAUUAUUGCUAUGUUAAUUUUAUAUCACAUGUUUAAGUUACCAAUAAGGCCUCUUUUGUUUUGUUUCUAUUUUCCUUGCCAGGUCACCAUGGUCCACCUCUUGAAAGUGGCCCGUCUGCUGAGACUUGCCCGACUGCUGCAGAAGCUGGAGCGCUACAACCAGUACAGCGUCCUGGUCCUGGCCCUGCUCAUGUGCAUGUUCGCCCUGCUUGCCCAUUGGCUGGCUUGCAUCUGGUAUGCCAUAGGAAAGGCGGAGCUUGAUGAGAAUGAUGGCAACUGGACAAUAGGUGAUUGAUUUCAUCACAUUGGCCUUACAUUUGGUUUGUUUCAAAGUUGUCAUAGCAUCAGCUGAGUCAGCUUUCAUGUUAUGUGAUCCUAUUUUUUUAAAGAAAAUUUACUUGGCAUGAAAAGCAUCCAUUUAAUCCAAAUCUAUUUUUAAUUCAUUUUCUUUCUUCUUAGAGGCCUUAAAUUUCAAAACAAAGCCUAGUUGUGUAAGUCACUUAAGUCAAUCUAAUUAGACUGAUCCUUGCAUCAACAUGUUGGAAUCGUCAACAGUUUUAAAAAUCAAUAUUUAAAGCGGAAGGAAAAUGAGCACACUUUUUUUUUUUAAUAAGCGCCCAGGUAUUUUAUGCCAGUGUUUAAAUGGUUAGACCGACAAAAAAAAGGACAUGUUUUAUUGUCAGUCUUCCUUUGUAACAAAGAUUUAUCUCAUCUAAACGUACUCAGCCAACCCCAUUCUCCAUUGCUAAUUCUUUGCAUUUUCUCAAAGGCUAAUAUUGUGGGAGUUUUCAUAAUUUUAAUCAAUUUAAAAGAAAUUGUUUCAAACCCCCUGUAAGUAUGGCAAAUAGACUUUUUUUUUCCCAGACUGAAAAAGCCUCUAAAAUGAAGUAAAAUCAGAAAUAAAUCUUAUGUUAAUUCCUAUAGAAGGCCUGUAAGACCUUGACCUUAUUUUCCCCCAGGGUGGCUGUACGAGUUGUCUGAACGUCUUGAGAAUGUCAUCAUCAACAAAACCCACAACAUGCCUGACAUGAUGACAUCCUACCUGACCGCCCUGUACUUCACCUGCUCCAGUCUGACCAGCGUCGGCUUUGGCAACGUAUCAGCAAAUACCAAUGCCGAGAAGAUUUUCUCCGUGUGCGCCAUGUUAGUGGGAGGUCAGUAUGGACAACUGGUCAUAGAUAUUAAGAAAUACCUGUACAAUAGUCAAUAUUUGAAGCAAUUGUGCCUAAGAGUCAAACUUACCUAAGUGUUCCAAAAGAGAAGGAAUAGGACCACAAGCAAUAGUUAGCCAAUUCAUGAUCUAAAGCAGGCCUGCACAACUCAAAUUGUAAGGCGGGCCAUAAUACUUAAUGAAAAACUUGUGCAGGCCAAAAGAAAAUAGGACAGGACUUGUGCGGGCCAAAAGAAAAUAGGACAGGGGGGAAAGCUAUUAAGAAAAUAAUAAGAAUAAAGAAUAUAUGGUUACCUCGCGGGCUGCAUUGGGCCCGUGGGCAGUAUGUUGUGUAGGCCUGAUCUAAAGAAUGCUCAAAAGAAAAUAAUAUUUUUAAUUCCUUGAAUUUUCAUUGUUAUUCAGGUUUAUUUUUCUCUUAUUGAUGUAAACUAUUUUAUUUAAUGUAAAUGAAUUCCCUGAAAUAUAUUAAUUGAAAAUAUCCCAAGUCUUAUCCCAGUUUGUCACUUGUGCUUGCAGCCAUCAUGCACGCCGUAGUAUUUGGCAAUGUGACGACCAUCAUACAACGCAUGUACGCCAGGAGGGCCACCUUCCACUCCAAGACCAAGGAUCUCAAAGACUUUUUCCGCAUCCAUCACAUCCCCCGUCCACUGAAACAUCGGAUGAGGGAUUACUUUCAGGCCAUGUGGUCCAUCAACAACGGCAUUGAUUUUAAAGAGGUGAACUGGGAUGCUGCUACAUCUCUUAAUGAAUGUUCUUGCUGACGAGCCUAGUGUUUAAUUGAUGAGCCUUGUGUUCAAGUGACGAGCCUUUUGCUUAAGGGAUGGAUAUCUUUAUAAACAAAUGUUUCUGGCUGAGAAAGAAAUCUGAACAAAAUAUAUUUAUAAUAUAAUUUUUUUCAUCAGGUACCAAGCUAGAUCCACCCAAAAUCUUUACAUAAUAAGUCAUUCUCUAUAUUAACUUAGUGAAUAAAGGAUUAUAAAAGAUUCUAGUUAAUGUCCUAAUCUGUCCCUUCUGUGGAGGAAGGCUCUUAGCUGAAACUUUUGUCUUGUCUUUCUGUUCCAAGCGUCUAGAUACCUUUUUGCUCUGCUAUUAACUUAGCAUACCAGCCUUUAACAGUUGGUUAUGGUUAUGGAUUUGGGUCACCAGACUAAGGUGUGCAAUGGAAUUUCAGCUCUCUGGGAUAAGUAGCCCUAGAUUAAUUAUACCUCCAAGUUGUUGUUUUUUUUUUCUCAGAACAGACUAUCAAACAAUCAAUGCUGAUGUCAUGAAAGGUUUUAAAAAUUAUUUCUAAUUAGUUUGAGCACAUCAUUACUUAUUUCCACUUGUAUGGCAUCGCAUUAUACUUACUUAUGCCAUUUACCUCGUCUGGGGCAUACAAUGUCUUCAAGAAUUUUCCAUUUAUCUCAGUCCUGUGCUUUCCUUUCCAGUUGCUUCCAUGUGUAUCCCAUACUUAGCGUGUCUUCCUCUAGCUCACGUCUCCAUGUAUUCUUAGGCCUUACUCUUUCUUUUUCUCUGUGGAUUCCAUGUUAGGGAUUGUCUGGUGAUGUUGUCUUCGGGUUUGCUGAGAGUGCUGCCGAUUUUCCUUACAAUGUUUUCAGCAAUAGGCUCCUGGUUAUGCUGUCCAAUAUUCACUAUUUAAGUCUCAAAAUUGUGCUCUCCACUCAGAGUAAGAUGAAUCCUAAUAUAACUGUGCCCGUUGGUAUCCUUACUCUGGGCAUAAAGGUCUCACCAACUCUGAGGCUGAGAAAGUUAUUAGCUAGUAAAUAUUGGAGUUUGAAUUUUCAUUGCUUCAAUUUAGGAGGAAAUGUGUUGACAUGUCAAGUAUUUAUUUUCCAUUCAAUACAGAUUUUAAAAGAUUUCCCUGAAGACAUGCGGGGUGAGAUUGGCCUUCACCUUCACAGAGAGAUCCUUUCGCUCCCCAUCUUCCAGCAAGCACCCCCCGGGUGUCUGAAAUCUGUCUCGCUGCAGACUGAACGAUUUGUCUGUGGACCAGGAGAGUUUAUCAUGCACAAGGUCAGUGAAGUCUUGCUUCUGUAAACGCAAGAGGGAAAAGCUGCUCAUCUGGACACGUCAUGCUGGAUGAGAAAGUUUAUAUUAAACACAGGGAAAUUUCAACAUUGAUACUGUAACAUUUAAAAUUAAACAAUUGACUAUUUUAGCACUGACACUAAAAAAACUUACAAUGAAAUAAAUGGAUCAACUAUUUUAAAACUGAUAUUUUUAGAUUUUCAAAUGAACAUGAGACAAUGUUAAAAUGGAUAUUAUAACAUUGAAAUGUUUGAAUGCUCAAAUGAUCAUACUGUUAAUUAAUUUUUUUUAAGCCCUCUGGCCAGUGUGACACCUUCAUAUUAGAAAUGGGAAAUGAUUUGAAAAAUGUUUAUUGAAUUUUUUCAUAAAAUGUCUUAUCUAAUGAAUAUGAAUGCAAUAUUGAGCCCUGGAAACGUGAGAGUUAAAUCUAUAAUAUUUUGUAAUAUUGCAGCAUAAAUAAUUUAACCAAAAUUAUGUGUUUAGGGAGAUGCUGUCAACUACCUUUACUACGUGUGCAGUGGGAGUAUGGAGGUUCUCAAAGAUGAACAAGUGGUUGCCAUAUUAGGUAGGUAUUAUUAUUAAUGCAUUUUUACCAUUUUUAUGACCAGGUCUAACUGACUAUUUCUGUCUGACAAUAUCAGUCUGAUCAUGUCUAUGAUUAUUUUCAAAGUCAAUUUCCCUAGACACAAAAUAUUUUAGGUAUUCUUAGUCCGUCUGCAGUUUCUGACGUCUCCCGGACGUUAACAGUGUAAUCUAGGUUUCUUGUUCCUGGUUCAGAUGUUAAUCCUAAAGUAGAUAUGACCUAUAAUAUUACCUGAAUACUUUGACUUGACCACGGCACAGAAAUGUCAGCCCUUCCAAGUGAUGACCACUAAUAAAACUAGUUCCUUUCAUUUUCAUACCACACAAAAUAAAAUAGCUUUGAAUGGGUUAUUUACCACAGAGUUUUUAGACUCAGCACUGCUCUCUUUAAAUGACAAUGAUUUCUGUAUCAACCUUCAUUAUGGUAUUGUCAAAACCUUUGAAUCGAUUUCAAUGUCCACAAAUUACUCAAAAAUGUUUUGACAGCCAUUGUAUGGAAACUUCUUUUUUACUAGUAAAUGCAAAUUAGUAGUGAGGUAUGAUCUAUGACAGGUACAGGUGACAUAUUUAUGAUCUAUGACAGGUAAAGUUGACACAUGUAUAUCUAUGACAGGCACAGAUGACAGGUACAGAUGACAGGUACAGGUGACAUAAUUAUGUAUGAUCUAUGGCAGGUAAAGGUGACAUAUUUGGUACAGACCUUGACUACGAUGACCCCGUGAGUAUCAGUGGAUGUGACGUGAGGUCACUGGCAUACUGUGAACUUCUGUGUAUCCAGGUGAGUCAUAUCAAAUAAACUACAUCAUGUAGAACUUAAAUGUCUUUGACUUUGAUAUCUUAUCUUCAUUUGAUAUUUCAUAUUGGUCUUCCUGCAUUCGCCCCAUAUUACAUUUUUAAACUAUAUCACAGCCAACACUAAGGCCCAAGUCCCAUAUUAUAUAAACAAAGUACUAUAUCACAGCCAACACUAAGGCCCAAGUCCCAUAUUAUAUAAACAAAGUACUAUAUCACAGCCAACACUAAGGCCCAAGUCCCAUAUCAUAUAAACAAAGUACUGUAUCACAGCCAACACUAAGGCCCAAGUCCCAUAUCAUAUAAAGUACUGAAUCACAGCCACCACUAAGGCCCAAGUCCCAUAUCAUAUAAACAAAGUACUAUAUCACAGCCAACACUAAGGCUCAAGCCCCAUAUCAUAUAAACAAAGUACUAUAUCACAGCCAACACUAAGGCCCAAGCCCCAUAUCAUAUAAACAAAGUACUAUAUCACAGCCAACACUAAGGCCCAAGCCCCAUAUCAUAUAAACAAAGUACUAUAUCACAGCCAACACUAAGGCCCAAGCCCCAUAUCAUAUAAACAAAGUACUAUAUCACAGCCAACACUAAGGCCCAAGCCCCAUAUCAUAUAAACAAAGUUCUAUAUCACAGCCAACACUAAGGCCCAAGCCCCAUAUCAUAUAAACAAAGUACUAUAUCACAGCCAACACUAAGUCCAAUAGGAUACAUGCCUAAGUGGGAGCCUGAAUGAAGAAAGAGGAUCUCGUACAUCAUAAAAUAAACAUCUUAAUUUAAAUACUCCUUCCAAAAAGGUCAAAGGCCUUGUAGAAUCUCUACUGCUGUACCCGGAUUAUGCUGAGACAUUUAACACUGAGCUUCCCAAUGACCUGACAUACAAUGUACGAGAAGGUCAUGAGGACCAUAGUGAUGUAAGUAUUCUACACAUCUUUGAAGGUUUUUAG